AAAUAAAUGAGCAUUGAAGAUGCGAUGCAAGAAGCCUUAAAGAUGGGGUAUUAGAUUGAUCAAAAAACAGUAAAACAUAAUAUGGAUGUGCAAUUUGUUAAUGUGGAAAUUGUUAAUUCAAGAGUCGAAGAUUUCAAUUGGCUACUUCUUAUAGAAAGAGAUCUUUAACAUAAAAAAUAAGUGUAAGGGAAACUCCAAUCACAGUAAUUCGUGGUUUUUACGAACUUUUGAGAAUUCUUAUAGGUAGAUGCAAGGUCUGCCAAAUUAGUUUGUAACAAACAAUUAGAGAUAAUAUCGAGGAUUCAGUUUGACUGGAACUCCUGCUCGAACGUAUAAUUCUGGAGUGCCUAUCAUUCAUCAUUUGAAGGAAGCACUUGACAUUAAGAGUUUUUUGCAGAUAAGCCUAAAUAAACAAAUGUACUAUUCAAGAGACCAUAUGAACUGCAUAAAGGUCCUUUAAGAAUACAAAAUUUAGAGACUUAGAAUUAGAAAGUUUAUUAAAGAUUAAAAAUUUAACCUCAAACUGCAGUUGCUGAAUAAAAUCAGAUCGAACAAAUUUUAAAAGUGUAAUUAAUUUAUAAAAUAUUAGAAAUUUAUCAAUCCCAAUGAAUACAAUGUACUAAUCAUCUUUUGGAGAAAUGCCAGAUUUGACUUAAACAGCGGAUAGACAA